AAAAUAUCUACCAGCAUCAGUCCAACCCCUCCUUUCCUACCAAAGCCCAAGCUCUUUAUUAUACUCUCCAAACAGAGAUUCUCCCGCUCUGCCCUGACCCCCAUAGCCCUAGAGCACUACACUCCGCCCGGAAACGCAGAGAAUGCCCACCAUGCGUGUCACUGAAAUCGGCUGCAUGGGCGUCAAGCCUUCCCUCGACGUCAUGGACGACGACACUCCAGAGGGCCAGAUCCUGAGCAACCUAUACAACUAUGUUGUUGCCGCACCUGGGGGCCCACUUUGCGUAUACUGGGGCCUCGAGGCUGAAGAUCCGUCCUACCUCUGGGCAUUCUUCGACUGGGAUUCGCUAGAGGCCCACCAUAACUUUGCUAAGACACUGGGCCAAGAAGCUGUCAAAAGCCUGCCGAAAAUCUUGACGCGUGGCGGGUUCACCAAGCACAUUCCCGCCACGCCCUCUCUGCCAGCCACCCUGCAGUCCGCCGUCACGCAGGUCAUCUUGGCGUACUUUGCGUCGGAUCGGCCACCCACUGUAGCAGACGCAGCCAUUGCGCAUCUCGAGGACUGGCAGGAUAAUGAGAUCGAAAACGUCUCGGGCAUCGAAGCUCUGAGCUACGGAUGGGGCGUGGAGAAGGACUUCCCCGUCAGGGGCGAUCCUUUAGACCAGAGAGCAUCGAUCUUCCUAUCUGUAUUUGGGUUCAAUGAUGUUGCUGCGCAAAGAAAUUUUAAGGAGUCGUUGGCACUUGAGAAACUGCUGGGGCGGAUCCGGGGCACGGAGGGAUUCGUCAAGCUGGAGGUUUUCUCUAUCUGUUUCCGGUCCGCGAGCAGGGACAAUGAGGGAGACUCCCGGGGAAUGUAAGGGUUUCUCGCAAGAUGGGUAUCACGUGUGAGAGCGCAAAUGCCAGUAAAGGCUACACAGUAUGAGUUUUCUUGGUUGGGCACAGCACGUUUAAUAGGUUGUAUCAGGCUCAUAGGUACGGUUCUUAGAGAGCGUUCUGGUUUGAAGGGGCCUGUUAAUCCAUUAGCCCAGUGGAGAGGUCUUGCAAGUAUCGGCCUAACAGGUUUUCAUAUAUCUCCUAGGGCUAGGUACUACUCUAAUUUCAGGUUUUUAUAACGGGAAGUUUAAGGUCUCUACAAAUGGCAUGGCAUAUUCCGCUGAAAAGGAGAGGAAAUUACAAAGACAAAGAGAAUCGGGAGGAUUUGAAAUGAGACAUUCCAG